ACUAAAUGGACGAUCAAACCCUAUCUCCUGCCAAGCAGACGGCGGUGGAUGAGUUCAUAGCCAUCACAGGAUCUCUGGACGACAAUGUCUCCCAGAUUAUCCGCCUUUUGGACGUCCAUAAUUGGGACUUGAAUAACUCAAUCGUCACCUUUUUCGAAUCAGGAUUUAUCCAAGAACUGCUGCUUCCAACACCUGUGGAGGUGGACACCUCUACUGACAUGCCCCAAGCAUCUGGCGUCGACUACGGCCAUCCCGGCAGCGACACCUCCCGCGUCUCGCGAAGAUACAGCAUGGUGGACUCUCCGUUGGAUGACUUGAUUCCUCUGCUCCCGUACGCUCCGAGGAUCUCUAACCAUUGGCAACUAGAAGUGGGCCUCAACGCCUCCAAGCGUGAGGUGUUGCGGGCCAACAACUUGCGAGCCAUCAACUCGCUCUUGUUCCUCCUUUUGUUUGUGCCCAAAAAGCUUCUCUCGUUCUUAUACCAGGUGUUCAAGUUCAUCUUCAAGAUCAACACCGCCAACUACUUCCCAGCCGCGAUAGACUACGAGUCCGUGGACUUGGACCAUAAGAUGCCGUUGCUGGAGUACGUUGACAAAUAUAACAUUGUCGAGGGCAACUUCAAUGAGGUGUAUGAACAGUGCAAAACCAACUACACCUGGUUGCUCGUGGUAUUGGUGAACGGGUCACAAGAAGCCAGCGACUUGUUAUCGCACUUGUUAUCGAAUCAUCAUUUUGAAAAGCAUUUCAAUAAAGCCAACCACACCGACAACUUUACCACUUGUAUAUACAUCAAUGAUGUCGAGAAGAACCCUGAAUCCUAUGAGGUGGGUCGUACCUACAAGGUAAAGAGAUUACCGUUUGUAAUGCUCAUCAACAACGUCUCCAACAGCCCGCACAAGUUGCCAUCGAUGUCCAUCACCUACAAGUCGAAUCUCCCGUCGGUGUUAUUACAGCCUUCACAAGUGGGAUCUACUGCCAAUAAGGUGGCCAUCUACUUGGGCCGCAUAAUCUCCAAUUACCAGCCACAAGUGGUGGCUGCCAUCACCGACAAGCGGGAAAUGGAGUUUGCUCGGCUCAUCAAACAACAGCAAGAUGAUGCCUACCAAAAGUCUCUUGAGAUGGACAAGGUCAAGAAAGCAGAGAAGAGUAAGAAACUUGAAGAUGAGAUGUUACUACAACAACGCCGACUGUUUUUGUUCAACUUGAUCAAAAGCCGGUGGUUCGAAACUCUCAACCCCGAGCCCAAUACCCGGAUCCAGGUCAAGUUGCCCCAUGGAGAACGGAUCAUUUUGAACGUUAAUAACCAAAACCAGUUGAAACACCUCUACCUACACCUCGAAAGUACCUUAUUCCCUCGCCACUUGGCAGCAGACGACGCCGAGGAGUUUGAGACGGCCUCUCAGGUGUUGGAGCACAUUUCGUCCAACGAUUUUGACUGCCAAAUAUCCCUUGAGGACUACUACAAGCACUUUCCCUUCAAGUUUGAGCUCAUUCAACCAUACCCCAAAAAGGUUGUGGACGACCUCGAGGCGACCAUCAAAGAGCACAUCAAAAACGGUGCAUCGCUAUUGGUGGAAUACACAAGUGACGACGAGGAAGAAGAGUAACGCACACACUAUCUAUGACCAAUAUACGCCCUCUCCCAUC